AUGGCCCUACUUCAACAAGUCGACCAACUGAAUGGUGACAUGGAUGCUGCAGUGGACGCCCUGCGUCACCAACAGAGUAAAUUCGAAAACGAGCGCAUGCGUGCCGUGAUGGACGUUCGAAAACUGCGGGCCCAACUGGCUGAGGCCGUAGCACUGUUAGAACAGUCUAAAGUGUCGAUUGAUGGGAAACUGACCCAGCGUAAUCCUCUCUCCUUGUCGACUUCGGCUAACUUGACGGACAACCCUUCUCUUUCAGGUGUGUUUGUGUCUCUCUCCCUCUCUGUCUUCACCGUCAGGGUAUUCAGCCCAAACAGCCUUUCAUAUUGA